AUGGGCGCGGGUGGGAGCUCUGGCGGACGCGGUCCGUGCUGGAACGGCUGGUGCGAUAACGGUUGCAACAACAAGGGAUGCGAGGCGUGCCUCCGGCGCUGGUGCCCGAGCACAGAGUGGUGCCCGCGGAAGUGCGUGCUCUGCUCCACCGAGUGCUGCGACGGCUUCUGCAAGUACGAGAUCGGCUGCUGCCAGCCUCCGCCGCCGCCGCCGCCUUGGAUGGAGGCCUUUGGGACGCCGCCGUGGCUCUUCACGCGGCUGUGCGGCGACCGCGUCGCCGCCGCCACCCUCGUCCUCUUCCGCCUCUCCCUGUUCGUCGUGUGGGCCGCGGUUGUGCUCUGGUCGGCGACCGACAAACUCGGCACCUACUACGGCGACCAAUGGGGCAUCUACCUCACCAACUGGUCGAGCGUCUGGCUGCUCAUCUACCUCUUUUUCGCAUCGCUCACCACCUGCCUCGCGGUCGCGAAGAAGCAGCCCUGCUCAGGCUGCACGACCACGCCGUGGUACGCUCACGUCGCUUGGCUGAUGCACAUGACCGCCGUCGUGUUUCCCAUCCUCGUCACCGUCUGUUACGGGUACAUGACGGGACCGGACGACGGUCCGUACAGUUGUCCGAACAACGAUCCUCCCUCUGGGGGGUUUCCCGAAGGGGUCGUCGGCACUGACAACACCAACAACGACGCCGAUCCUCCGAACACGCCGGACAAGACGGACGACUGCGGGCUACGGUAUGACUAUCUCCGAAAUACCUAUUUAGAGUCCUUCGUGGCGCCGUACAAGAUUCCGGCCGACCUGCACGGGUGGAUCAUGUUGGUUGCGCUCCUCGACUGGUGCGUGCACAAGCACUGGUACCCGAUCUGGGACAUGGCCUUCCCGCUCUCCUUUGGCGCCACCUACAUCGUCUUCACGCUCAU